AUGGGUACGGAGAGGAAGAGGAAGGUGAGCUUGUUCGACGUGGUAGACGAAACUGCCGCGAAGAUGGCCAAAUCGAACGGCGGGUUCGUCGGCAACAACCUCGUCAACCGAUGGAACGGGAAGCCUUAUUCGCAGAGGUACCACGAUAUUUUGGAAAAGAGGAAGACCCUCCCCGUCUGGCACCAGAAGGAGGAGUUCUUGCAGGUUUUGAAGGACAACCAGACUCUCAUUCUCGUUGGCGAAACCGGUAGUGGAAAAACCACUCAGAUUCCUCAGUUUGUUCUGGAAGCUGUGGAUAUAGAAACCCCAGAUAAACGUAGGAAAAUGAUGGUUGCGUGUACUCAGCCUCGUAGAGUGGCUGCGAUGUCUGUUUCCAGGCGUGUUGCUGAGGAGAUGGAUGUGAAUAUCGGAGAAGAGGUUGGUUACAGUAUAAGAUUUGAGGAUUGCAGUAGCGCCAGGACAGUUUUGAAGUAUCUCACGGAUGGUAUGCUUUUGAGAGAAGCAAUGACAGAUCCGCUUUUGGAACGAUACAAAGUAAUUAUUCUUGAUGAAGCACAUGAGAGAACUUUGGCUACAGAUGUGCUUUUUGGCCUUCUUAAGGAAGUGCUUAGAAAUAGACCUGACAUGAAGUUGGUUGUUAUGAGUGCGACUCUUGAAGCUGAAAAGUUCCAGGGCUAUUUUAAUGGGGCCCCUCUCAUGAAGGUUCCUGGAAGACUACAUCCGGUGGAAAUCUUCUACACUCAGGACCCAGAGAGGGAUUACUUGGAGGCUGCUAUUAGGACUGUGGUUCAGAUACACAUGUGUGAACCUCCUGGAGAUAUACUUGUUUUUCUCACUGGAGAGGAAGAGAUUGAGGAUGCGUGCCGCAAAAUAUCAAAAGAAAUUUCAAAUUUGGGAGGCCAGGUGGGUCCUGUGAAAACAGUGCCCUUGUAUUCUACACUUCCUCCUGUUAUGCAACAGAAGAUUUUUGAGCCAGCUCCACCUCCACUAAAGGAGGGAGGGCCUCCUGGAAGGAAGAUUGUAGUAUCAACAAAUAUAGCAGAAACUUCCUUGACAAUUGAUGGUAUAGUCUAUGUCAUUGACCCUGGAUUUGCUAAGCAGCAGGUUUAUAACCCUCGAGUGCGUGUUGAGUCUUUGUUGGUGUCUCCAAUAUCAAAGGCUAGUGCUCAUCAGAGAUCUGGGCGUGCUGGAAGAACUCAACCGGGGAAAUGUUUUAGACUCUAUACUGAAAAAAGUUUCAAUAAUGAUCUUCAGCCGCAGACCUACCCUGAAAUCUUGAGAUCUAAUCUUGCCAACACUGUUCUUACCUUGAAGAAACUUGGUAUAGAUGAUUUAGUGCAUUUUGAUUUCAUGGACCCUCCUGCCCCAGAGACCUUAAUGCGUGCAUUGGAAGUGUUGAAUUACUUGGGAGCUUUGGAUGAUGAUGGUAACCUAACAAAAUUGGGUGAGGUUAUGAGUGAAUUUCCACUGGACCCUCAGAUGUCAAAGAUGCUCGUUGUUAGUCCUGAAUUCAACUGUUCAAAUGAGAUUCUUUCCAUUUCUGCCAUGCUAUCAGUACCCAAUUGCUUUGUUCGGCCUAGGGAGGCACAAAAAGCUGCGGAUGAAGCAAAAGCUAGGUUUGGACACAUUGAUGGAGAUCAUCUCACGCUCUUAAAUGUAUACCAUGCGUACAAGCAAAAUAAUGAGGACCCUUCUUGGUGCUACGAUAACUUUGUUAAUCAUAGGGCGUUGAAAGCAGCCGAUAAUGUUAGACAACAACUAGUGCGAAUCAUGGCUCGGUUUAACCUUAAGUUAUGCAGCACUGAUUUCAAUAGCCGUGACUACUAUGUCAACAUAAGAAAGGCAAUGCUUGCAGGAUAUUUCAUGCAGGUGGCUCAUCUGGAGCGGACAGGACAUUACUUGACGGUGAAAGACAACCAGGUGGUGCACUUGCAUCCAUCAAAUUGUCUGGACCACAAGCCGGAGUGGGUAAUUUAUAAUGAAUAUGUUCUUACCAGUCGGAAUUUUAUUCGAACUGUCACAGAUAUACGUGGAGAAUGGUUGGUCGAUAUUGCCCCAGAUUACUAUGAUUUGACGAAUUUUCCACAAUGUGAAGCAAAGCGUGUUCUUGAAAGGCUCUCCAAGAAGCGAGAGAAGGAAAAAGAGGAAGCCAGGAGUCAUAAAUGA